AAUUCCACACUGUUCCUCUUCGACAUCACAUCUCGACACACCCAACAGCGACAUGCCUCGUCUCGACGAUAGCACCGAAGCGCUCCUUCGAGCAGGCCAAAGCGCCCAAAGUACGGUCAAGCGUGCUUGGGAUGGCUUCGUCAAUUUCGCCGUGCGAGACAACGUCCUCGAGGUGGCAUUGGGUUUGAUUAUCGCUCAAGCAUUUACCAAAGUGGUUACGUCUUUCGUCUCCGACAUCAUUCUUCCCAUUAUCGCUCUUCUUCCAUUUUUGCACCGCAACAUGGACGAGAAGUUUGCCGUGCUCCGACGCGGGCAGCAUUAUGUCAAGGAGAAAGGCUACAAUACCCUCGAGCAGGCGCGAAACGACGGCGCCCUGGUACUGGCUUAUGGCGCAUUCCUUGAGACGGUGAUCAGCUUUCUUGGUGUCAGUCUUACAUUGUAUGCGAUCGGGCAUCUUUACACGUGGAUCUCCCAUGAUCAAGUUAUUAAGCAAACAGUGCGAUGCAAAUACUGUCGGAAGUACAUCAGUGAGAAGGCAUUGCGCUGUGCCAACUGUACCAGCUGGCAGGACGGUCGCGAGGAUUCGCCUCAGCAGUAGGUAGACCUUUUGGGUGGAGAUGAUGCUAUCGAGCAAGUACAGAGAGCAAAUCGCAUAAACAUAGUUUAUCAUUAAUCUGCAUCAUC